AUGUGUGUUAGUGAGCAGGACGACCUGGACACACACACACACACACACACACACACACACACCUUACACACACACACACACCCCCACACACACAUGACACGGCUGCACCCUGGCUCUCGGCGCUGAUGUCAGGAUGUUCCAUGGCCGGUUGAUCUUCACACACCAACACACAGCGAUACGAUAACGAGGGGCGUCAUGGAGGGCUUCAGCUCCAAGACUCUGGCCAUGCAGGCCCAGAAGAAGCUGCUGAGCCGCAUGGCCAGUAAAUCCACAGUGCAGCUCUUCAUCGACGACACCAGCAGCGAGAUCCUGGACGAGCUCUACCGAGUCUCCAAGGAGCAUUCAGGGAACCGCACAGAGGCCCACAAGGUUGUGAAGGAUCUGGUCAAGGUGGUGGUGAAGGUGGCCGUUCUGUUUCGUCACGAGCGGUUCAACGCCGAGGAGCUGGCCGUGGCUCAGGAGUUCAGGAGCAAGCUGCACCAGGGAGCCAUGACGGCCAUCAGCUUCCACGAGGUGGACUUCACCUUCGACCGGGUGGUGCUGGAGGAGCUGCUGUGCGGCUGCAGGGACCUGCUGCUGCGGCUGGUGAGCCGCCACCUGACCGCCAAGUCGCUCGGCAGGAUCCGCCACGUCUUCGGCCACUACUCCGACCCGGCGCUGCUGAGCGGCCUGUACCGGCCCGAUGGCCCGCUGCGGCCCAACCUCGGACGCAUCUGCUCGGGCCUCAGCAAGCUGCUGGAGGAGGGCAAGCUGUAGAGCGCGCACACACACACACACACACACACAGUUGUUGUUGUUUCCAGAAUUUUCUUGAACGAAGUGUCAUUUUCUUGAUCCUGGUGUCUGACCUGGUGUCUGAUCUGCCUCGUCACAGCACAUUUAUACAAAAAAUAAAUGAAUUAAUAAAUAAAUAAUAAUCCUUAAACAAGUGAAACUUUUUUUUUUUUAAACCUCAUUUGAAGAAAAACAGGAUUUGAACAGUGAGGAUGUGACGCAGACCCAGUUUGAGGUGACUGAAUAAUAGUCAUUUUACUUAUGUGGCAGUUUUAUGAAACAAAGUUUGCCUCAGAAGGAGCGAAGGCAAGAAAUGUAAAAUGUAAAGCGGUUACAAAAACUACAUACAAAACUAUAAAAAGAUCCCGAAAAAUAUUGUUUUACAGUUUUUAUUCAUAUUUUAUUUAAUUACAUAAAGGGGGGGAUGUAUUUAAAACUGGGAGAAAGAAUUAGGGGAGAGAAAAGUGAUUCAUUUUAAAGGGCUGUUCCACUGUUUCUGCAUGUUGAGAGUUUUCUCUCCAGAACGUUCCUGCUGCUCUCCUCCCAGAGCGAGCAGUGGGGUUUCAGAGCUGCCACAUCACUCCUCCUCCCUU